AUGAAUCUAGCGAAGAAAAUCAUCGUGUGCCUUUUCAUUGCCAUUCUGUGCAAUGUGGGGGGCGUGCGUGGUUUCGAGAGGCGGGAAAGCAGAGCAGCUCAUUGUAAAAAGGUCAAAAGUGUUAUUAACAAAGUUAACAACCGAUUUUCAGAGUCAUGGAACGUAUUCGACCGUGCGUUCAAUAACACGCUAGCCGUAAAAGCAGAAUGCGAAGGUAUUUUGAAGCAUAAGAAAGCCAAGGACGUUUCUGGCGCCACCAACUCAGAAAAACUUAAGUUAGUAGACGAGAGCUACAGUGCCAUUAGGCAAAUUGAACUGCUCAUCGGUGAUUGCGAAAGGAAGAUCAACACUUUGACUGGUGAAAUAUGGAACGGCUGCGGCUUCUGGUUGUCUUUCAUGCCACUCACAUCGUCAUUCAAAAGAACUGUUAAAGAAAAACUGUUAGAAGCAAGAUCCCUAACGAUAAUGAUAGACAAACUCAGUCUUGGUGCAAAAAAUCACAGCGAUACCGCCGCAAGAAACAGAUGCGUCUUGGUGGGGACAGAGAAUGUAUUGGCGGGGGAGGAGGAAGAAAAGGCAAAGAAAAAACAAGAGGAACCCAAAAGCAGUGGUGCGACAUCCCAGUCGCCAAAAGAAACGGUCACCACCAAGGAAGCUGCUGGACCCAAAGAAAGUGCUGGAUCUGAGGAAAGUGCUGGACCUAAAGAAGCUGCUGGACCUAAAGAAAGUGCUGGAUCUGAGGAAAGUGCUGGACCUAAAGAAACUGCUGGACCUAAAGAAAGUGCUGGACCCAAAGAAACUGCCGGACCUAAAGAAACUGCUGGAUCUGAGGGAAAUGCUGGACCCAAAGAAAGUGCUGGAUCUGGGGGAAAUGCUGGAUCUGAGGGAAAUGCUGGACCUAAAGAAGCUGCUGGAUCUGAGGGAAGUGCUGGACCUAAAGAAGCUGCUGGACCCAAAGAAAGUGCUGGACCUAAAGAAGCUGCUGGAUCUGAGGGAAGUGCUGGACCUAAAGAAAGUGCCGGAUCUGAGGAAAGUGCUGGAUCUGGGGGAAAUGCUGGAUCUGAGGGAAAUGCUGGACCUAAAGAAGCUGCUGGACCUAAAGAAAGUGCUGGACCUAAAGAAAGUGCUGAACCUAAAGAAGGUGCUGGAUCUGAGGAAAGUGCUGGACCUAAAGAAGCUGCUGGAUCUGAGGGAAAUGCUGGACCUAAAGAAGCUGCUGGACCUAAAGAAAGUGCUGGACCUAAAGAAAGUGCUGGACCUAAAGAAAGUGCUGGACCCAAAGAAAGUGCUGGAUCUGGGGGAAAUGCUGGAUCUGAGGGAAAUGCUGGACCCAAAGAAAGUGCUGGAUCUGGGGGAAAUGCUGGAUCUGAGGGAAAUGCUGGACCUAAAGAAGGUGCUGGAUCUGAGGGAAGUGCUGGACCUAAAGAAGCUGCUGGACCUAAAGAAGCUGCUGGACCUAAAGAAAGUGCUGGACCUAAAGAAAGUGCUGGACCUAAAGAAGCUGCUGGAUCUGAGGAAAGUGCUGGACCCAAAGAAAGUGCUGGAUCUGGGGGAAAUGCUGGAUCUGAGGGAAAUGCUGGACCCAAAGAAAGUGCUGGAUCUGGGGGAAAUGCUGGAUCUGAGGGAAAUGCUGGACCUAAAGAAGGUGCUGGAUCUGAGGGAAGUGCUGGACCUAAAGAAGCUGCUGGACCUAAAGAAGCUGCUGGACCUAAAGAAAGUGCUGGACCUAAAGAAGGUGCUGGACCUAAAGAAAGUGCUGGACCUAAAGAAAGUACUGGACCUAAAGAAGGUGCUGGACCUAAAGAAAGUGCUGGACCUAAAGAAGCUGCUGGACCUAAAGAAAGUGCUGGACCUAAAGAAAGUGCUGAACCUAAAGAAACUGCUGGAUCUGAGGAAAGUGCUGGACCUAAAGAAGGUGCUGGACCUAAAGAAAGUGCUGGACCUAAAGAAAGUGCUGGACCUAAAGAAGGUGCUGGACCUAAAGAAAGUGCUGGACCUAAAGAAAGUGCUGAACCUAAAGAAACUGCUGGAUCUGAGGAAAGUGCUGGACCUAAAGAAACUGCUGGAUCUGAGGAAAGUGCUGGACCUAAAGAAGCUGCUGGAUCUGAGGAAAGUGCUGGACCCAAAGAAAGUGCUGGACCUAAAGAAAGUGCCGGAUCUGAGGAAAGUGCUGGACCUAAAGAAAGUGCUGAACCUAAAGAAACUGCUGGAUCUGAGGAAAGUGCUGGACCUAAAGAAGCUGCUGGAUCUGAGGAAAGUGCUGGACCUAAAGAAAGUGCCGGAUCUGAGGAAAGUGCUGGACCUAAAGAAGCUGCUGGACCUAAAGAAAGUGCCGGACCCAAAGAAAGUGCUGGACCUAAAGAAAGUGCCGGAUCUGAGGAAAGUGCUGGACCUAAAGAAACUGCUGGACCUAAAGAAAGUGCUGGACCUAAAGAAGCUGCUGGACCUAAAGAAAGUGCUGGACCUAAAGAAGGUGCUGGAUCUGAGGGAAGUGCUGGACCUAAAGAAAGUGCUGGACCUAAAGAAAGUGCUGGAUCUGAGGGAAGUGCUGGAUCUGAGGGAAAUGCUGGACCUAAAGAAAGUGCUGGACCCAAAGAAAGUGCUGGACCUAAAGAAAGUGCCGGAUCUGAGGGAAGUGCUGGACCUAAAGAAAGUGCUGGAUCUGAGGGAAGUGCUGGAUCUGAGGGAAAUGCUGGACCUAAAGAAGGUGCUGGAUCUGAGGGAAGUGCUGGACCCAAAGAAACUGCUGGAUCUGAGGGAAGUGCUGGACCCAAAGAAACUGCUGGACCCAAAGAAACUGCUGGACCUAAAGAAAGUGCUGGACCUAAAGAAAGUGCCGGAUCUGAGGAAAGUGCUGGACCUAAAGAAACUGCUGGACCUAAAGAAAGUGCUGGAUCUGAGGGAAGUGCUGGACCCAAAGAAACUGCUGGACCCAAAGAAAGUGCUGGAUCUGAGGGAAGUGCUGGACCUAAAGAAAGUGCUGGACCCAAAGAAACUGCUGGACCUAAAGAAAGUGCUGGAUCCGUAGGUGCCGAGGGUGUGUCUGUGCAAUAA